CUCAUGCUGCCGUCGCGACGACAAUCCUGGAGGUUGGUAGAAAUAUCUUACACCAGUCUCCAAGAAGCCUGAUCCCAUCCGUCGUCAAUAACUAUAACGGCGGACCUCCAUUACGACAAGCUGCGUAGAACAUGUCCAUAGAACACUGGAGACGUCAACUAUAUUGAGACGUACCCCAGUUCUUUUUACCACCUACUCUCAUGUUGUUCUAUCUACAGUGCUGGAUGCUCUUUUCGUUCCUUUUCCCUACCACCAUGGCAUUCAUCGUUCGCUUGGAAAAUAACUGUGGCUCUGGAAGUCCAUUGAUAAUUCAUGAAGAUGGUACCAGGGCCGAGGGGGUGCACUCGUACCAUAGUGCAGAGAUCCUAUCUGUGUUCUUAGAUCAAGGUACGGGUACUUCCUACCUUCCGAGUUCCAUGCUCACGAAAUCAGGAUCCUGCGGUCCUCAAGGCGAAAACUGCCCCACAGUUCGCGUCGACGAGUCUGAAUUCCAUUGCGGGACCAUUGGCAAUUUGGGCACGUCCUCCAUCCCCAUAAGCUUGCUGUACUCGUGUACUUCUGUCCCUGGCCAUCUCACAAUAACCUUCUGCCCUCCCAUCCCAGCAUUUGUCGACCAGCACGUUCCUCCGAGGUUCCGACGGCUCGUCUCACGUCAGAUUGCCGAAAUGUUGUGGACCCCAAUCAUCAUUGCGUCCAUCCUUGGGUCACUCGCAGUCUUUCUUCUCCUUAUAAUGCUCUACAUGCGGUGGAGCAGAGUUCCUGAGAUGCCAAUGAUGAUUGGCAUUCAUGUCCAUCCUCCACUGACUCCAGAACUUCCUCGUCAUCCACCUCGCUCAUAUGUUUCAAUGCCAAGGAGUCAACUUUUCCAUGACAUGAAGCUUUUCCCUGCUGUACAUUCUGAGCCAAUGUCAGUUUGGGAAGACUAA